CACGCCUCCCUCCCUCAAUUCUCAAAUGAAAACUCCGGCAGUCUGGUAAACUUUUCCUGAGUGACAGGAUCUUCCCGGGCUGUGGACUGACAGUUUAACGGGCAGAUUAAGUCGUUGGAUUCAUUACAGCUCUGCAGCUAUGGGACCUUUGUCGCUAUGUUAGAUAACAUAAUACACAGCUGCUUGUUUUCCAUUUUUAUUAUAACGUUCCUGAGUUUUGUGCAAUGGAGCCUGGAUCUGGACGAGGCGAUCGGAUCCUCCAUGCGCUUUGGAGACCGAGGAUGUGCGUGUGAAAGUGGACAGACUGGGGUCAGUCAUGGAGCCUGAGUUGAACUGCAGCUCCCAGUGUGAUUCCCUACUCUGCUUCAUCAACUCAGGAGUCAACAGGCAGGAGGGUCUCGACAUUCUGCAAAGACUAUGCAGUCUCAGCACGAUGGCAGUGGAGCUCCCACGGCGGCCUCUCUCCCCAGUGUUAAGCGCUGUGGUGUGGACGCUGCUCUCCUGUGGCAUCCUGCUGGCUUUCUGCUUCCUCCUCUUCACGCUGCGCUUCAAAAACAACAGGAUAGUGAAGAUGUCCAGUCCCAACUUGAACAUCCUGACUCUCUUCGGAAGCGUCCUCACCUACAGCAGCGGCUUCCUGUUUGCCGUGGAUGAACGAACACACUCACAAGGUGGAGCAUUCACAGCCGUGCUACAAGCUCGGAUGUGGACUCUCUGUAUUGGCAGUACCCUGGUGUUUGGCCCAAUUUUGGGGAAGACAUGGAGACUGUACAGAGUGUUCACCCAGCGAGUGCCUGACAAAAGAGUGAUCAUCCGAGACAUCCAGCUGAUGGGCAUGGUGGCUCUGCUGAUCCUGGUGGACAUGCUUGUUCUCACCGCAUGGAACCUCACAGACCCCAUCAGGUGUUCACGGUCUGUUGGAGCUGUUGUCAAGGUGAUGGAGAGAGACAUUUCAUACUCUUUGUCUCAGCUGGACACCUGUUCCUCUGUAUACUCGGAUAUAUGGGUAAUCGUUAUAGCUGUUCAGAAGGGUUGUCUUCUCCUCUAUGGGACUUAUCUAGCUGGGCUGACCAGCAACGUCAGCCACCCUCCUGUCAACCAGUCUCCCACCAUCAUAACAGCCGUCACUUUGGUCAUGCUCUUUUCGGCUGUGGCUGUCCCUGUGUCCAGCUUCCUGCAGGCCUGGCCCAACCUGGUCUACAGCACGGUGGCUGGAGCCAUUUUCAUCUGCACGCUUGCUAUCAAUUGCAUGCUGUUUGUGCCCCAGCUGACCCAGUGGCGGCAGUUUGAAGAGGAUCAGAACAACCCGAGUCAGAUGGCCAAGUAUUUCAGCAGCCCCAGUAAGAGCCAGCCCUCGGUGUACAGCCAGGAUGAGAUCUACUACCUGCUGGGGGAGAACAACUCCAUGAAAAAACUCCUAAAUGAGAAGAACGCUGUGAUUGACAGCCUGCAGGAGCAGGUGAACAACGCCAAAGAUAAACUCCUGCGACUCAUGUCAGCCAGCCGACACCCCGACGACCAAGACAUGGACUCUUCCAACACCAUCCUCAACUCCUCCUCCACUCAGACCACAGAGCUUCGGUCUGACAGCCCCUCUUCUUCUUCUCUACCUCAGAGAGACGCCAAAUCCCAACACUCACCGCCACAUCUGUCCCCACACCUUAGCACUGCUGCUGUUUCAUCAUCUGCUGUUAUGCCAUCCUCUGAGCCUCCCUCUGCUCCAAACUCCUCAAACCACAUUUCCCCUUCCUGUCCUCUCCCCAAUGAUAUUAAUGAGAGUGAAAACCAGAGAGGUGGCCCCAACACAGGCCCUACAGGCAGAGACACAUCUGAGCCCAGAACAGGGGAGGAGAUCAAAUCGCCAGUGCCCCUCCUGUCCCCAGGUGUUCUUAGGACAGCAGAAGAGACUGUUCACUUUGUCACUUCCCUACAAUCCCAUAGAGGGUUAAACCCCUCUCAGGUUGAAACUUUCAACAAUCAAAGUGGCCUCACAUCCCAGCUGGGACCAAAUGCCAGACUGACUGGUUUCAUUAGCAGCGAGCAGUUGCAGGAGAUCCUCCAGGAGCUGAGUGUGGAAGCAGUCACGGGAACCAAACUUCGAUCUCCCGGUCGGAUGUCCAGAGCUCCUUCUCAGCUAAAAUUUAGCACAGCCUCCACACUUUCCCCUCUCUCCCUGCGGACACCACACUCUCCUCAUCCACCUGUCAUCUUCCGCUACCCCAGCAUCUCCCCUUAUUCGAUGAGGAAACGUCGGCCGCCCUUUCACUCCUCCAGAAGAGGUUUGGCCCCUCCCUGCUUUUACGCCGGUUGUGGGAAGACACAGGACAACUGUGAACACCAGAAUCCAGGCACGCACCCUGAUGGGGUCACUGCGGAUGGCACCCUCCUCCAGGUUCACAACACUGACCUCGAGCUUGAGGACGAGGGGGAGGAUGAUGCAGAAGGGAAUCAAGCGAAAAGAAAAUGUCGGAAGUGUGUUUCAAGAUCCCACAGAUGUUUAGUCUUGCCCUGUGCAGAACACAAUCACACAGCUCCACCUGAUGUGGAAACGGGGCGUGAUAAUGAGCAGCACCACAGACGUGUCAGAGACUCCUGUGGGUACUGGGACUCUGACUCCAGCAGCUCAACAGACUACUGUUACUACCACCGUCCCUACUGCGAGUCCUGCCAGCAGCGAGGCUCUUUCCUGUCCUCAGACAGCUCCUCAGACUCCUCUGACAGCGAGUACGAAGGCUACACCAGCCUGUACCACCCCCCGCACCCUGUGGUAUUCAAAGAAGACCUCAAACCCACCUUUGUGUGAGCACAGGUUUACUGCACUUUACAGGUUCAUCCAUUUCCACCACUUGUAUUCAUGUCUUAGCUUUGAGGAUAAAGCAAAGCACAGAGUUCAUUGUGCAUCUAUAAUGGGAGAUAGUUUGGGUGUAGCGUUCAAUAGGCAAGUGUUUUGCAUUCUCUAUUGUAUUCUUGAAUCUGGCAUUGUGGGACAAAUUGGUUCUUGUACUCACGAGACCAUUAGAGUUGUGAAAAUGUGUGUAACUGAAAAGCACACCAUGCUGUUUACUUCACUGUAAAAUUACUGAUGGCAUUAUUUGUACAUUUCUGUUGUAAGCCUGACAUCUAGAGUGGCAAAUUAAAAAGGCCAGAGAGCAGAAUUUAAGGUUUUCACAGAACAGUUGCUUUUGUGCAAAUGCUGUAUUUAUUUUGAUAUUUAUUAGUAGAUGUUUCGGUGUACAGAAUUACUUUCUGCCUCCUUUUUUACUGUUUUGCAUUGUCAUACACAUUCCUUAAAGUGUUGCUAUGCCA